GGCAACGGUCGCAAACCCAACGCCACUGGGUGGUCAUAUAAUGAGAGGGUCUGAAAGACCAAUACGAACGCGCGAACUCAGUGUCGAUUCCCAACUUAAACUCCAAACAACAAUUCGCGGGCUUUACCUUGUCAAUCGAAUUCCUCCAAUUCCAAUUGCUCUUCAAGUCUCAGAAUUCAAACUCAAAGUUCGGCGAUUUACCUUUCUAUGCUACUGAUUUAGGGUUUUUAUUCCACCCUACUUGAGCCACUGAUCGGUGUAUUAGACAAUGACAAUGGGAGGUGUUAAGUUGGAACUUCGUUGUCCCAAAAAAGUAUACAGUGUUGCACUUGACCCUAACCCUGAUUGGACCUUUGAGGAUCUAGUUUCCGAGCUAAAUGCCCUUGAAAUCAAGAUCAACAGCGGUUCUAAGGUUCCACUCCCAUUUGCUAAAGAUAAAUCAAGGGAUAUAUCCAAUUGGAAGAGUAAUGGGAGAAACUCUAGUAGCCCGUUUGUUAUGCGUGUGUUUGAGGAUGACAUGGACAACAUUGACGCCGAAGAUGAGGAGGUUCAUGAUCAGAAGUCCAUGGUUGCUAAACGGUUUAAUUUUGAUGAACUCUAUCUCAGUGACAGUGAUGAUUCUGGUGACGAAUCAUCUUUUGGCGCCGAACCUUACCUAAUGGAGAAGGUUGAUCUAGUGGAAAGUGGUUUGCUCGAGCUAUCCCGUGAACAUCAGUUCAAAGUUAAGGAGGAAAUUAGGAACCAAAUAUCAGCAUUAGAGACAGAACUGAAGAGUGAAACUGACAAGUCUAUUUCUGCACUUGUUCGAGUUGAGAAAUAUAGAAAAGAAAGAUCUGAAAUGGAUAGAAAACUAGACACUCAAUAUCAACGCAAGAUAGCGGAAGCACUUGAUAAUCACUUAACUGUUGUCCAGCGAGACCUUGAAGUCAGAUCUCAAAUAGAAGAAAGAAAAAUAAGAAUUGAUGCAGCUUAUGAAGAUGCUAAACGAAAGGAAGCUGAAGAAAAGCUUCGACAAGAACGAGCUAAAGCGGAAGCUGAGGCAAAAAGAGUUGAGGAAGCAAAGAGAGCUGAGGAAGCAAAAAGAGCUGCUUUGGAAGCUCAGAGAAGAGCAGCUAAUGAAGCUGCAGCAAAAAAAGCUUCUGAAGCCUCAAAGAGGCCUGAUACUGAUGCCAAUUUGGGAACUUCUAAUGCUCAAUCCGGUGGACCUCAAGUAAAUAAGCCAGCAGCAGGAGCUAACAAAAUCAGGGCAGCUGAAAGUGCUUUAAAUUUAGAGCAGAGGAGACUACAAAAGUUAAAACAGUUGGAUGAAGAAGUCCAGGCACUAAGAUCAAGUUCCAAUGAGAAUUUUGGGAAGUACGAGAGGCAAAUUGCUAAGUUGAUCCAACAAAUUACAGGAACAACAGAAAAUGUCAGACAAAAAGAAUAUGAUCUACUCAAGAUCUUUUGCGAUGCACGUUGCCCACAAUCUAUCAAAACUGCAGCAUUGGCAAAGAAGGUCGUCUCCAACUGUAAACGCCCGGGGAAUCCUGCAUUUGCACAAGCAUUCGUCAUUGUUCGCAUUACUUCAAAGGUUCCACAUGCAAUGGACCUUAUCCUUGCUGAGUUACACAAAGCUUGCAUCUAUACAGUUCCAAAGCACUACUCACGGUCAGCAUUUGGAUCAAAUGAUACCUAUUAUAAAGCUCUUGGAUUCCAAGAAGAUGACGAAGGAAAGAUUGAGAGCGUUGACAGUUAUUUGACACGAUUAGAAUCUUAUAUGAAGCUAUAUGGGGCACUUGUUCAGCAGACGGAGAUGGAUAAUGUACAUGGCCUGAAAGAAGGUUGGGCAUGGCUUGCAAGGUUUGUGAAUGCUCUUCCUGCGAACAGAUAUACUGCCGUUGCACUUGCAGCAUUCCUACGUAUGGCGGGUUAUUCUCUCUUCAGAAAGUAUAGAAAUCAAUUCGUGAAGUUGUUGAACAUGGUUGCAGACAACUUCUUGAAUGCACUAAAAGAACAAGGAGAUUCACAGCUAAGCCCAGUUAUUGUAGAAAUUGACUCCUACAUAAAGGACAGGGAAUUCCUUCGUGAGCCUGAGGGAAGGCAAUUGAAGAGCAAUUUGCAAUCAGAUCUUUCUGUGCCGUAAACUAGAUUACCAACAGUAUUGCUUUCAGAGAAUGUGUCAGUUUUGUUUUCGGUCAUGUUCUGUAUUUGUAUAAUUUGGUAUUUAUCCCCGGUGAAUGGAAUACGUGAAUUUCAA